CCAGUGAUCAGGGCAAAGGUCUUCCACAGCCAGGCCCCGCCCCUAACCACGCUUUCUGCUAGGCGGGUUUUCAUCGCUGCCUCUGAGGCAGGAAAGGGGAGGUCACCCCACCACAUUCCUCCCCCCACCCCCCAUUGCUGUCCUCCUCCUCCUCCGGAGGAAGGGUCAAGACAGCGUGAACCUGACAGGGAUGCCACUUUCUGGUGCCCAGCGCCACCUUUCCCAGCCAGAACCGGAGCUGGUACAGGCCGAGCCUCUGUACAGCGGCUUUCCAUUCACGCCUCGGGCAGGGUGCGGGAUUGUGCCCUAGGCCCGAAACAGCGGGGCAGAUGGGGGAUAAGAAGCACAGUUUCCAGUCCCUGAUGCCACCCUACACGGUGCAUUGCAGGGGGUCAAGCCUGCCCCGUGAGGGACGGGGUACCAACUGGCGUCCCUUUGGCUGACUUCUGGCCCCAGAGGGGACUCGCCCACCGCACUCUUGUCCUGGCCUCCUCCCCACCCACCGCGGGCCUUCUGCUCCAGCUGGCAAGGCUCGGGGGAGGGGGCGGGGGAGCCGGCUUCGCGUCGGCUCCCUUGGCCUCCGGCUCGCAACCCCAGGAGCGGGGACACAGCACAUGACCCGCGCGCUAAACCGGGCUCCCGGGAUGGACGCGUCUGGGCCUGGCCGCCCGGCCAGCACUCACGGCCCGCGGGCUCCCCCUCUGCGAAAUCAACAAGCCCUCACGCCCCCAAACCUGAAGAACCUCUCUUCAGGCCUCUAGUGGUCGAGAGGGGAGCGGGCCGCAGCCCAAGGCCUUCGGAUCCCGCGGGAAAGCCGUGGCACGUCUUCGAGGCGGGAGGGGAGGGCCGCGGGUCCGAGGGGAAGGUGGCCCCGCGCGUAGCCGUUUCCUCCCCGCCUCGCCCCGCCCCGCCCGGCCGGACCCAGUCCUCCGCACCCCAUAGGCAGAGGCGACCCUCCCCGCCUCCCCGCCCGCUCCGCGCUCGCCCCGCCUCGGCUCACUUUAAAAGUUUCCUCCGGCUGGGACGCGCGGAGAGAGCCAUGGCCAUCUACGUCGGGAUGCUGCACCUCGCGAGGCUGCGCACCAGGGGCCCGGGGGUGCUGGGGACCCGCGCCAUCCUCGCCCGGGGUUGGCAGGAAGCGAGACUGCAGGGCGUCCGCCCCCUCAGUUCCAGAGAGGCGGAUAACACCAUCCCCCUGCCCAUUGGAGGCCUCAGCUACGUCCAGGGCCUCACAAAACCUAGUCUUAUCCACGAGACUGUGGGGCGGUGCCUGGAAGCCACAGCACAGAGGGUCCCUGACAGAGAGGCCUUGGUCGUCCCCCAGGAAAACAUCAGGUUGACCUUUGCCCAGCUCAAGGAGGAGGUGGACAAAGCUGCUUCUGGGCUCCUGAGUAUCGGCCUCUGCAAGGGCGACCGGCUGGGCAUGUGGGGACCCAACUCCUACGCGUGGGUGCUCAUGCAGCUGGCCACCGCUCAGGCGGGCAUCAUUCUGGUGUCCGUGAACCCAGCCUAUCAGGCUAUGGAGCUGGAGUAUGCCCUCAAGAAGGUAGGCUGCAAAGCCCUCGCUUUCCCCAAGCAAUUCAAGACCCAGCAAUACUAUCACAUCUUGAAGCAGGUCUGUCCAGAGUUGGAGAAGGCCCAGCCAGGAGACUUGAAGAGUCAGAGGCUCCCAGACCUGACCACGGUCAUCUCGGUGGACGACCCUCUGCCGGGGACCUUGCUCCUGGAUGAGGUGGUGGCCUCUGGAGGCAAAGAGCAGCAUCUGGCCCGGCUCCGGUACAACCGGCAGUUCCUGUCCUGCCAUGACCCCAUCAACAUCCAGUUCACCUCGGGGACGACAGGCAGACCCAAGGGGGCCACCCUCUCCCACUACAACAUUGUCAACAACUCCAACCUGAUAGGGGAACGGCUGAGGAUGCACCUGAAGAUGCCGGAGGAAUCACGGAUGGUCGUGCCCAGCCCCUUGUACCACUGCCUGGGUUCUGUGGGGGGCACAAUGGUGAGCAUGAUGUAUGGCGCCACCCUCAUCCUACCCUCUCCGACCUUCGAUGGCAAGAAGGCGCUGGAGGCCAUCAGCAAAGAGAGAGGCUCCUUACUGUAUGGCACCCCCACAAUGUUUGUGGACAUUCUGAACCAGCCAGACUUCUCCAGUUAUGACAUCUCGGCCAUGCGUGGAGGUGUGAUUGCUGGGUCCCCGGCACCCCCAGAGCUGAUCCGAGCCAUCAUUGACAAGCUGAACAUGAAGGACCUGGUGGUGGCUUAUGGGACCACUGAGAACAGCCCUGUGACCUUCAUGAACUUCACCGAGGACACUGUGGAGCGGAAGGCAGAAAGCGUGGGCAGAAUUAUGCCUCACACAGAGGCCCAGAUUGUGAACGUGAACACGGGGACGCUGGUGGAGCUGAACACGCCCGGAGAGCUGUGCAUCCGCGGGUACUGUGUCAUGCUGGGCUACUGGGGCGAGCCCCAGAAGACCGAGGAGACGAUUGGACAGGACAAGUGGUAUCGGACAGGAGACAUAGCCGUGAUGGACAAGCAGGGCUUCUGCAAGAUCGUCGGCCGCUCCAAGGAUAUGAUCAUCCGGGGCGGCGAGAACAUCUACCCCGCGGAGCUCGAGGACUUCUUCCACACACACCCGCAGGUGCAGGAAGUGCAGGUGGUGGGAGUGAAGGAUGACCGGAUGGGGGAGGAAGUCUGUGCCUGCAUUCGCCUGAAGAAGGGAGAAAAGACUACGGAGGAGGAGAUCAAGGCUUUCUGCAAAGGGAAGAUCUCCCACUUCAAGAUUCCCCGAUAUGUCGUGUUUGUCACAAACUACCCCCUCACCGUCUCAGGAAAGAUCCAGAAAUUCAAACUUCGAGAGCAGAUGGAACAACAUCUAAACCUGUGAAUAAGGGACUGGGGGUCCUCCCAGGCCCUCCCUGCCCUUCCCCCACACUCCCGUCUUUGUGAUUUGGCAUAAAGAGCUUCUCUGUUUUCUUUGGUUGGUCUCUUGCUGGCGUGCUCUCUUGGCAGCCACUCUGGGAUGGAGAAAGGAGGAGGCACUUUCAGACCUCCCACUCCUUGUCACGAUAGUGCUAAGCACUUUGGCGUGCAUUAUCUACUUAAGUUAAUCCUCAUUCGAUCCCUUUGAGAUACCAACCCAAUUUUUUUUUUAAAGGUAUACUCGUUGCUUUUUCACAUUGUUGUCAGAUUAGUCCAGCAAGAAGUAUUCCUUUUAAAACAAUAAAAGCUGGGGCUCCUGGGUGGCUCAGUUAAGCAUCUGCCUUCGCUCGCUCAGGUCACGAUCUGGGGUCCUGGGAUUCAGCCCCGCAUUAGGCUCCCUGCUCAGCGGGGAGUCUGCUUCUCCCUCUCCCUCUGCCCCUCCCCCCCAACUUGUGCAUGCUCUUUCACUUUCUCAAGUAAAUAAAAUUUUUAAAACAAUAAAUGCUUUGUUAAGAUAAAAUUGCACAUACCAUCCAAUUCACCCGUUAAAAGUAUCCUAUUCGAUGGUUUUUAGUAUAUUCAUAGAUAUGUGCAAUCAACCCCUAAGUCAAUUUUUUUCAUUGAGGUAUAGUUAACACACAAUGUUACAUUUGUUUCCCAGAGUCCAUUUUAAACCUCUUCAUCACCUUAAAAAGAAACUCCAUACCCUUU